AAUACAACAAAAAUAAUAAUUGUGUUUAGUGUUUGAAAAUUUUAAAAGAAAGAAACGAAACCAAACGAAAUAGAACAUAGAAAUAAAAACCCAACAUUUUGGAGUAUAUAGGAAAUAGCGGCUCUUAGAGGCCGCCAGCGACGGCUGUCCAGCGAUGACAGCAGCAGCCAUUGGGAAGCGCAUUUGACCCCGCCCCAAAAUCAAAGAAAGAGCCAAAAACCUACACCGAAAAAACCCAAGCCACAGAGCCAGCGAGGACUUCUGCUUCCGCAUACAAAAAAAAAACGAAACACACACAAACCAAAUGUGGAAAAUGUUGGAUAUGAUGGACAUGCCCAGCACCGAUGCGGAUAUCUUCAUGUUCGAAUGCGAUGACUGUGCGGCGGGUGGCCUGCCCAUGCCGCUGGCACCGCCGCCACAGUUCCUUAUACCGCCACCGCCGAGGCCGCCAGCGCUGGCCGAAUACACCGUCGUGCCGCAGGACUGCAACGAUGAGCAGUUGGCGCAACAGCAAUGGGACAGCGAUGUCUGUCAGGCCAUGCCGAUCUUGGAUGCCAGCCUGUACAGCAGUCAAUCGUUGGCCACCUCGGCCAUGAUUGCGGUCUUCUCGCUGCUAUUUAUCUUGAUUGUUCUCAUCUCGUCGCUAUUCGUUUGGAAAAACAAACGUAAAGUGCAGAAUCUCCUGCCAUGCAAGACACCCACUCGUGGACCCCUCAACGGUGCCAUGCCGCUGGGUGGCGGCGGCACUUUGGGCUCGGCGCAUCAUCAUCAUCAUCAUCAUGGGCUGUAUGAGGAUCCGGAUGCACAUUUGGGCCAUCAUCGGCCGCUGGUGAUGCAUCGCCACCAUCAUCAUCAUCAUCAGCAGUUGCCGCAUCAUCACCAUCAUUAUCAGCAGCAUCAUUCAGAGCUGCUGCAAGGCAAAAGCAUUCACUAUCCCAGCGGCUAUCCCAUGACACGGUCGCCACCUUUUCUCGUGAGCUCAUCGCCCGGACCCGAUCCCUAUCGCUCCAAUGACAAUGUGUACGAGGAGCUUGGGCCCGGACGCGUCGAUUCCGACGGCGAAUCCGAGCCGCCGCUGCAUUCCGAUGAUGAUUUCGCCGAGGAUGAGUUGUCGCUGCCGGGCGAAUGCAGUUUCCAGAAGGAGGCUGCCGCAGUAGGAUCUGCAACAUCAGCCGUCCCAGCAGGCAGCACGGCGGCACCUGGGGCCACGCCCUAUCAUGAGCGUGCUGGCGGCAGUGGCACACAGGCGGGAGCAGCCCAAAAUCUGCUGCUGCAACAGGCGCCACAGGAGCGUCACAGUGUGCUGAGUAGUGGCUCCUCCACGGGUCAGGAUGCCUCCACGGCCACAGCCUCCUCGGGUGCAGGCUCUGGCUCUGGCUCCGGCAGCAACAACAACAACAGCGAGCUGCUGCUGGCGCGACGCACUCCACGCACGCGACAGCAACGCACGGCACCGGAUCAGGAUCUGAACAACAGCAGUUCGACGGCAGAAAUUGCCGACCUGGCGCCGCUGUACGAUAACCGCAGCAACCUAAUGUCCCUUGGGUACACGGCCCGCUCGCUGGCGCCUCAAUUUUACAACACAUUGGAGCACGAGGUGGAGCGCCGGAACCGCAUCAAUGCGCAACUGAGCAAGGCCCCAGUGGCGCCACUUUCGACCAUCUACAGGGAACGCAUACGAUAUCCGGCCGCCUCACAGCAAUAUCCCUCGAACAGUGCCAGUGGCCUGAUGGCCGCCACCAUGCGGGCGAGAACACAGCCCCGGAUAGUGGAUCGACGCCUGGCGGCGCAUCAGCAUCAGCAUCAUCGCAUCCAUGCGGCACCGCUGCACCAAGAGCCUGCCUAUGGCUAUGCCGAGCCCCUGUACAAUGCCAACUAUUACUACGAGCAAACAGCCAGGGCUGUGCCCUAUGCCACCAGCACUGGCGACUAUCGUCAUCCGUACGGAGACUCGAGUUUUGGCUCCGAUUCGGGCUACAGUCAUCACACGCCUGCCAGCUCGAUUGGGCGACAGGACUACGAUCUGGCAGAGCCACAGCAGCAGUUCAAGCAGCAGCAGCAGCAGCAUCUACAGACGCAACCCAAGCAGCCCAGCAAACUGAGUUCCGCCCUGAGCUUUGGCUGGAAUCGAGGCAGAGGCAAAGCGUCACCCAUGACGGGUAAUGCCUCCGGCAGCAGUAGGCCGAAGGCCACCAGUCCCAACAACAACAGCAGCGCCUGCUCCACAGUCACCUCACAGCUGGACAAUAAUAAUGCUGCUGCUGCUGCUGCCGCGGCCAGUCUGUCGCCCGCGUAGAUCCUCCUUUCAUGUAAAUAGGAUACCAACCCUCUGCCCCCUCUGUACAGUUAGUCAUAGUCGGAUAAGUGUUAGGCUUCUAUAUCCAAAAAAAAAAAGUAAAUCUGUCCUGCGUGUACAUCGUCAAAGCAAUAGAUAAUAAAUUAAAGAAGAGCCCAAAGUUUCUUGAUAGGUUUAUUAGAAUGCGAUAUCGAAGGGAUUGGCCAUAUUAAUCGUACAAGUUUUCGCUCUGUUUCAAAAGCAAAACAACUUUUUCGUCUCGAAAGCAAAGAACUUAUAGAUCCUAAGUGUUUUUCCAAUGUGAUUGCCAAAUUCUACAAUAUAUACAUUAUAGCUAUAUAUUUAAUGAACAAAACUAAGCAAGCAAAUUUGCAACUAAAGCAUACAAAACCCAACUAAUUUAUAAUGUAUUAUUAAACCACACAAAAACAAAUAUCCAUUAAUCGUAAAGUUACUUUUAAGUUGUAAUUUCUAAUUUUGUUUGUUAUUUUAGUUUUUAAGUGGCGAGAAAAG